UUACAGAUAUAAGUGUUUGUUUACUUGAAAUGUUUUACUAAAUAUUAGUCUCUUUCUAUCUUAUUCCUUUCCGUUCUAUCUAUGCUGUUACCUGGCUCUUAGUUGGAUUAAUAACACAAGAUAAAGUAAUUUUCUCCAGAAGUAAUUCCAUCGUGCCACUCCCCACAUACAGCCCCCUUGCUGAAAGAGGCAAGGCUGCUGGGGGUGCAGCGUUUACAGUGUCAUCCCAGCAUCCUAAACAACAAUACCAGAGAUUUUCAUCAGAUAAUAUGCAGGGAAGACAAAGCGAUCGUAAUGAUAAAGAUCAUAGGCAACCAGGCAGGACUUCUGGACCACCAAGAAAUCAUGGCAGACAUGAAGGAAGUCGAAGCGAUAGACGAAGUACUCCUAAUUCUGGAAUGCUCAUGGUUGGACCUAACUUUAGAGUAGGCAAGAAAAUUGGCUGUGGAAAUUUUGGCGAAUUACGAUUAGGAAAAAAUUUAUACAACAAUGAACAUGUUGCCAUUAAAUUGGAACCAAUGAAGUCCAGAGCUCCACAAUUGCACUUGGAAUAUCGUUAUUAUAAGCAACUCGGCAAUGCAGAGGGAGUGCCUCAGGUGUAUUACUUCGGUCCCUGCGGAAAAUACAAUGCUAUGGUGCUGGAAUUACUGGGCCCAAGUCUGGAGGAUUUAUUUGAUCUAUGUGAUCGUACUUUCACACUAAAGACCGUUCUAAUGACAGCUAUCCAAUUGAUUACUCGAGUUGAGUAUGUUCACUCAAAGCAUCUCAUUUAUCGGGACGUAAAACCAGAAAAUUUUUUAAUCGGAAGAAAUGGCACUAAAAAUCAGAACACAAUUAACAUUAUUGAUUUUGGACUGGCGAAAGAAUACGUCGACCCAGAAACGAAAAAGCACAUACCAUAUAGGGAACACAAAAGUCUAACAGGGACUGCACGGUAUAUGAGCAUAAACACGCAUCUCGGAAAAGAGCAAAGUCGAAGAGAUGAUCUUGAAGCUCUGGGUCAUAUGUUUAUGUAUUUUUUGAGAGGAAGCUUACCCUGGCAAGGAUUAAAGGCCGAAACUUUAAAAGAACGUUAUCAAAAAAUAGGAGACACAAAACGCACUACACCAAUUGAAGUUUUAUGUGAAAAUCAUCCAGAAGAAAUGGCGACAUACCUACGGUACGUUCGACACCUGGAUUUUUUUGAAACGCCAGAUUACGAUUACCUUCGCAAAUUAUUCACCGAUCUUUACGAAAGAAUGGGUUAUCCACACGACAAUGAAUUUGAUUGGUCACACAAACAAUUAACACAACCGCAAGUGCCUAUUCAAGAAGUUCCAAGAAAUCAACCUCAAGUUAGGCAACAGAGAGAUAUGGAAACAAAUGGGGAUGAUCACGCAGCUGCACAUUCCAAUGCUCCAAUAACACAACAACAUCCUGACGUUGAUAUUGUCAGCGAAACAAAAUGUUGUUGCUUCAGGCGUCGCAGGAAAAAGACAACAACAAGAAGAUGAAGUCGAAACUGUUAUUCCCAUUUCCUUGAACACUGGAUGCAUUUGCAGAGAAAUUUGGUCAUUGCCUGUCAGUGACAACUUGAAGUUGUUUUUGGUAUCUCUGUGCACAGUUUUACGCCUCGAUUUUAAAACAGAUACUACAGUAUAACAACAUUCUGUACAAACGUUUCUGCCAACAGUUGCCAUUUCGUCUUGCAUGUGGGAAAGUUAUAUAAUGAUCUUUAUAUUUACAAAGACAUCUGCCUUGUCAGUUUCAAUGCUGAAUAUAAAUAUGUAAAAAGUUAGCCGCCACAUGAUUAGCUAGUUGAAAAUAAUUAUUGAUCAAACGCUGUAAUAAAUUGUAGGUAGUAAAAAAGUAGUGAUUGUUCGAAGCUGGUCUAUGCACAGCUGAAUAUCCCAGUUGAAUUCGAUUUUUAACUGCUUGGUGGAAUGUAGUGAAUAUGUAUGACUGUAUCCAGCUUUGUGCAUGCAUACAAGCUGUGAGGAUAUACUAUUGGUGUUGGUCUGGCAGUGGACAACUUACGAGUGUAUUUCAACUUUGGACUAGUGCAGGCUUUUAUGAGGGAGCUCGUUUUCAAUCUGGCACAUAUUUGCUGGGAAUUUUCUUGACCGGUUUUAGUAUGGAUUUGAUAACUGGGUAAUUUAUUCAGACUGGUCAUAUAUCUGUGUAUUGCUCUUUCCCGUGAUUUAUGUUGAGAUUUCCUGCUGCUAUCUACAUAACAUAUUAUGCUAUCAUUAAUUGAACUUGUAUUCAUAUGAAUUCUUGUCAGAAUAAGAACUGUAGAUUUUGUGACAUUGGGCGAUCACAAUUUUAAAGAUACCCCAGCAAUGUUUCGUUUACAUUGCUUUUCAAAGUUCCAUCCAAACGUUACCUGUUCAGUCAAUUACUUAGUUUCGUCAAUCAGUUUUCCUCUAAGCAAUUUAUCUGAUUUAAAAAAAAAUUUCGUGGCAAAUCUGUUAUCAGACUAUUUUAUUUGUGUUGGAAUGCUCUAAAAAGAUUACUGGAUGCAAGGGUAGCAAAUUAUAUUAAUAAACCACUAAAUUUUUGGGAAAGCUUAAAUUACUGAAUCUUUCAGACAGAUUUGGAUUCUAAAUCUGAUGCUUAUCAUUUUUCAACAAGAAGAAAAAAUUUGUUCAAAUUAUUGACAAAAUGAUAUGUGGUAUUUCCCAGUUAAAACAAGUUUAUUAUAAAAUUUCAUCGGGUUAUAAUUCAGCUUCAUCUAAUGGAGCUGGAAUUUGGUGAGAGCAUGAAUCAGUAAACUUGUGCAAUAACGGUAUGUUUAUUCUUUUUGUGGAUGUCAAAUAGGUCUAGUCUGCUUGAAUAACUUCUCCUUUGGUUGCCAUAUUCACAAGCUGCAUGUCGUUUUAGGUUUUGUACUCAUCUCCCCUGAUUUAUAAAUGAUGCGCGUUUUACAAGUGUCCAUCUUUAGGCCAAUUUUUAUCUCGUCUGUUAUGUUUUCUUCUUUGAUUUUGAUUAUCUUCUUUUUAUGUAGGCUAUUCAUUUGUCAUUUUCAAUUCUGUGGAAACCAGGUGCGGUUUCAACUUUGAAGACAGAUUGUUUACUUGCUUAUUUAGUGACAAAACAGGAUAUAAACUGUACAUUGCGCACAAUUAAUUGUAUUUUCCUUUUUCUUGCUGUACAUGCUGGGCAAUUUAUGUAGUCUUCGAUUCUAUAGUCUGGUUUUUAUUCUGUUUUUUAUUAGUUUUUCUAGCCUGUUGAAGAAGAAGUACUGAUUUCUGAGGGCUUAUUUAGUAUUACAAUUUAAGGGUUUGCUCACUCAAUUCAUUUUUAUUGAGGCAUAUUUGAAAAUAUAAACUCACUUCUGGAACUGUGUGCCUCGACUAUCAUACGCAAUGAAUUUUCAAUGAUAUUUUGAUGAUUUUAGUACUGACAUACUUAUAUUGGAUUCAUUCGACUUAUUAUGCUAUAUAAAAAUGAUGCCAAUCCAACCAAAGUCUAUUCUUGCAUAAUGUGUACUACAUUUAUUCAUUACUCAAUUUAAUAGUGCACUUACAGAUAUUUUAGAUAGGAAGUUUCUGAAGAGAUUGAAAAAUAUAACAGGUGAUUCACGUGUUUUAAGAUAUGUAAAGUGAAUUACUGUUAUUCUUCCACUAUAAGGUUAUAUCAUACGGUAUUGUAAGCUGGAAUGAUCUGUUUAUGGCUCAUGCUAACCAAAUAUAAUUUAAACUGUGUUUACAAAUCAUAACAACUUUCUCCUUGUUAUAUGUUUCAUUCCCCCAAAAGCAAGCCAAAUAAUCAGGCCCGAUACAUUUUAAUAUAGUAUGAUUUUUCAACGCUUUCACUAUAUAGUAAAUUUGAAAUUUAUGCCUUUCUUUUUCCCUUUGUUCAUCUCGGUUUUUCGCACGGUUGUGCUGUGUACAUAUAACCGCUUCACUGCAACUGUGUUGCUGUGUAAUGUUAUGCUACUGUUCAUCUUGUUUUUGUUUUGAUGGUUUUGCGUUUCGUACAUACAUAAUAUGGUGACUUCCAACUUCUUGACUAUGAUGAUAUUUACCGUAAAUGUUCUUUUUAUCUCUUUACGUGGCAAGACAAUUAUUGAAGCUGUU